CAAGGUAAAGGUAAAGUAUUUCAGAUUACACUUUGCCAAAAGGAUUUCUUUACAAUAGGCGAUAUUUAGAAUUAAAGAUAUGGUAGAAAAGCUUGCAAAUGUGUUCGAAGAGUAAAACGCAGGAAUAUGAUUUACAUAAAAUAGCAAUAGGUGCAUCCAUAGUUUUGUUUACAUUGCUUCUGUCACUAAAUCUAUUAGUGUUCAAGUUUCAGUCAGAAGAAGCACUAUUUAGAAAUACUGGAUACUUUAUUAACCUCUCGGAGGAAUAUUCUGUCUUCUGUGAGGAUUUAUCACUUAGUCCAUACGAAGAUUCUGACACUUUUAACGAGAAGAAAAACAAAUUCAAAUACAGUUUGUAUAAUGAUAAAUACGUUUGCCGUAACACGAACCUUACACUACUUGUAGAAAAGAUUGUCGAACGUGAAUCAAGACUAAGACUCUCAAACGGACUAGGCAAACAACCUUAUUUACAAUGCGGAAACGACACUCUGAGAGAGCCGUCAGGAUAUCUCAGUGCUACAUUCCUACAGGUUUCCCACCACCACACUUUCAGAGGGCAAGGAAAAGACAGUGUAAUACUUUGGGACAAACACCCGAGAAACUCGUUCAUCUCAAAAGAUUUCCAUUACCCCAAAGGCGAACUGAGAAUACCAGAAGCCCGUUUCUACUUUCUGUACGCCUCCGUUUUAAUAAACGUAAGAUGCCUCGAAAGCCGACCAGGACAGUUCUGCAGGAUUUAUUUAAGGCUAUGCGCAAAAAGCCGCGGAUACGAACGCAUUCUUCUACAGAAACUGGUGGUUCACAACACAGCAGGCAACAAUUCUGUGUCAACCCUUCAUGUCGCCAGUCAUAUUUUUCUGGCAAGAGAUGACACUGUUUUUGUACGAGUAUCAGAGGCAACCCGCGUAAUUUCCACAUCUGCAGGGAACGUCUUUGGAAUCAUACCUUUACGUUAGAACUGUGAUUAUAAGCAAUGCAAAACAUCUUACCCUUUACGCGAAGUUCUUAUUAUUUACAAUGGACGAUAAUAAUAUCAAUCGAUCGAGAAAAUGCUACUAUUCUGGUUUAAAUCAUACAUGGUUAAUUCAUAUCUACAGUGAUAUAUAGUUAUAUCACUAAUUUACAUUAUGCUGAAAUAAAUGGAUCAAAGGCAGAAAACAAUCAUAAAAAUAUUGUCCGAAAAUCUAGAAGAAUAAUUCUGUUUCUUUUUGAUGGAAUUCAUACUCCAUAUUUGUUCAUGCUACGGGAUUUACAAAGUUGUAUUCAUUGUACAUCAUUAGACCCCCCUACAUCUGUAAAAGAACAGCCUCUAUACACUUUUUUUCUGAUUCUAAGUCACAUUAAUUUUAUAUUUAAAAUAUUGUAAAUAUUAACGCUGGUGUUAUUUUUUUUAACAAAAUGCUUAUAAUAAUCAGAAAUUAAUUGCUGAUGUACAUAAAUGUAUUUUAUUACUGUAUUUGUAUUUUUACGAGGACAGUUUCAUAAUUCGAGGAGUAAAAAUUUUCUAAGUAAGAUUUGUGUCUUUUUAAACAUUUGAAAUAUAACCUGAAGAUGAUUUCUGGUUCAUUUCUAUGAAACGAAAACGACAAUUUUGUUUAUACAUUAUUUUACCUAAAGGGAGCCUUUUUCUGUAUUGCUAGUGCUUUGUUCUGUAAAUAAAGUUAGGUGGAUUCGUGAACCAUUGAGUCAAAUCUAAUUUAUACAUAUUUCAAUGUGCUUUAGUUUAUAAAGCAUAAGUGACUACAGGAUUAGCCCACUUCUGUUCGUAUUCAGAAUAAAUGUACUAACAUAUUUUAUGCUCCGUAUGAGAGACCCUAGGCCACUUCUGUUCGUAUUCAAAGUUACUAGAUUAACAUAAUUAUAUUAUGCUCAAUUAAACUUCUUCAUUUCAGAUAAUUUGACAAAAUGAGACUAGUAUUGUUUUUAAAUACCUACAGGUCCAGUCAUCGAAAAGGGUUCUGAAUGUGACUCCAACUGCACACAGGUUUCCAUAAGAGUUGCAUUCGUUCGUAACGCUACUUAAUCGUUGCAAACAGUGUCCAAAAUCCCAUUGUCAUUACCAUUGUGUAGAUCUUUUUUUAAAUUCUCUACCAGUCGCCUUAGAAGAAUGAAUAAAGUUUCUUUUAUCGUUUCAUUCAAUAAGCAAUACUUGUAAUACUAUUUAAUAGACAGUAAAAAGAAAAUAUUGUUUGGA